AUGAGGAAACCUAAAGAUACACCAAGGACUUCCACUGACGACAGGAGCUCAAAGAGCCAGAGUACCACCAUGGCCCCCAGCAGCAUCCGUAGUGUCAAGUUCACCACAGAGCUGCUUCAUGAGGCCCGGGGCAUCGUAGGGUCUGAGGCAGAGGGACAGGGACAGGAGUACACAGACUCCCAGCAGAGAGACCCUGAGGAGUCAGUGGCCACGGCUAUGGGGCUUGUCAGAGGCAGAGAUAGGAUGGUGGAUGAAAUUAUUGCCUCCCUACAGAUAGGAGGCAGUGAUAUGUCGUCUGUCUCAGACCAGAUGAUCAAGGAGCUGAUGGGGAGAGUGCUUGGGGACCAUAGAAUGAUUUCAUUCUAUUUCUAUGUGGGGGACAGCUACAAUGCAGAGAACGAGGUGACAAUAGGAUAACAACUGAUAAUAUGCUGAAUGGUCACAAAAACUCAUGUUGACCUUCAUACUUUUGGUAGAGAUUUUAAAUAAGCCCAGUGAUAGUUACAUAAUAAUAAUUGUAUUAGUUAUUUAAACAGGUCUAAAAUGCUCAUAACAAUGGCAUUUCUUUUAUUGAAUGAUAAAAAAUGUUUCAAUCCUUUUUUAAAGGAAGAGAAAACAGUGCAAUCAAAAUGUGAGGAAUCAGAGCAGGAGAGAGAAGAGAAUAUUAGCCCUGUGCAAACAGGUCAUGCAGAGACUACAUUCAGUGUAUUUAGAUUUAUCGCAUUUGACUUGCCUUGGCUUGUAACAUUGAAAAAUUGUCUCCCAGAGCAUUUGAGAGCAUUUUAAGUGUAGAGGUUUCUGUUAUUAAGGAUGUAUAAAGUUUAAACUAAAUUCAACCUUGAUAUGGAACUAUGAAUUAUGUUUGUAUGAUAGUUAACAGACGUCUGAUCCUGAUUUCCAGGGUACUCCUCCGGUUCCACAGAGGAUGUUGUUGGUUAAGAGGGAGACACCAACCCCUCCAAGACCUGUUGAGUCCCCUAAAGUCACAUCAGAGGUCUACAAGAUGGCUGACUCACUGUCUGAGAGAAUCAGGGGUAUAUAAGAUGGCUGACUCACUGUCUGAGAGAGACUCACAACAAUGACUGCUCUAUGGCCUCUGCUCUCCCACAGAAGGUACUACUUGGAUUUAUUUGGUUGACAUUGUUUUUAGUUCAUUAGGUGUUUUACCCUGAUCAACUACUUCAACUGUACUAUCAGUUUAGUAUUUUUUUCUGUCAGAGGUGACUUAUACAGAUGUAAUGACAGCUCGAGGAGAUGCCAUAGCUCCUUCUCAGAGACCAACGAGGGUGUAUUUACAAAACAAAACCAUUCAAGGUCUUUCCCUUGUAGCAACAUCGGCCCCUAAGCACAGUAAGAAUAUUGUAUUCCCUGUCUGUCUGGUUGAUCAGGAGAGUUGUGAGUUGUUGUUACAAAUGGAUUUGGAGUUGUGAUCACUACUACUAUUACAAGUGUGUGUAAUAAACGGAUACAACAUGAAAUGAUGCAACACAGAACUAGCCUGAUCCACCAUCCUGACCUUGUGUUUCACUUCAUCAAUCCGUGCAGCGAGACACAAUGUAAGCUUGCGAGACCCAAGAUGGUCGAACAAGGCUAACACAGAACUGUAGUAAAAAAAGAAAGGGGUGUGGUUUCCAAAAAAUUUGAAAACAGUUGCUUGUAACCCUGUCAUAGGCUAGUCAUAGGUAGCCGUGACUGCUGCUUGCUCUGGAGGAAGUCGUUUCCCACUAUCAUGGUAACCAUCUCCAACCUUGACUUUAAUGGCCUUGGACGGAGGUGAGCUCAGUUCCAUGGAGUCUGUCUGUAAAUGAAGUGACUAGGCUAUCAUCAAAACUCCUCCACCCCAUUCUCAGAGACCCAUUGACAAAGAGAAUAAUUAUUAUGCUCCCGGCCUAACACUCUUUUACGGAGCCUAGUGCACACCCACACACUUCCUUAUCACUGACUCCUUACUCACCUAAAGAUACCAGAUUUACUGCCUCCUAUUGCAAGCGCUGAGUUGGAAUUGUACCACUCCCUCCUUUCCCCUCCUACCCCAUUCAUGAAAAAAUGGAACCAAAACAAGUGCCAUUUAAUUAGGUGGGGGUUUCAGAGCUUUGGUUCACUGAAAGGUUUCUGCUGGAUAUGGAUGGGAGGUUUUAUAAGGGGGCCAGGCUGCCAGCCUGCCUGCCAAUGGUAGAUGGAUUAGAAUUAGAAUUAGAUCGGCAGCAAGACUAAAGACAGGCAGCACUCAGGUUGGCUCCACUCCACAGUUAUAGAAUUCUCAUUUCAUUGAAAAAAAGGCAAUUACUCUGUAGUGACCUUACAGGUUUUUUUGCUCCGCUCUCUGAGCUGAGGCAUACCUACCUACCCCAGAGUUCCAGAGAGAUUAUUAAUCUCAAGAGUGACAGGCCGUAGUGAACAUGUUAUCCUCCAAUAAAUUGUCCAGUGUCUGGCAGGUUAGAAGCCCUAGUCAAGUGGUGGAUGGAGGCCUUUUCAAAGAGUGAUGAGAAGUUAUGGCAGGGAUGAUCUGAGCAAAUAAACCUCCAGCUCAUCUGCUUACGCCACAGAGAAUGUUUCAUCUGUUAGGACAAGUCACAAGACCACUGUAUUGAUUUGUAGAGGUUUCAAAUAUGUGGAUUGUUGUUGAAUCAUUUACAUUCUUCAAUGUAACAUACCAGUGGGGUUUUGGUUGCAAGCUACAUUUACAGUUGAGCGGACUUCUCCCUUUAACUUACAUGAUAAUAUGGUAUGUUUUUAUAUGACCUGUGUCAUUACAGACUAGGUACAGAAGUCAGAAAUUAUGUUCAAUUUAGAUAUACGGGCAAGUAAGCAUUAGCUUGGUCCUAGAUCUAUUUAUGCUAUUGCCAACUCAAUUGCUGUCAUUGUCAAGCCAGUGACAAGGAGUUGUCCUGAUGGCACAAACAGACUAGCUAAGUAAGCAUAUCACAACAUUUUAGUCAUUACUGUUGUAUUGCUCUCCCACAGUGCAGAGGAGUACAACACCAUUCACCACCUCUGUACAACCCCAGUCAGCCAGGCCCUGCCUCUGGAGCUGGCUUCCCGGAUCUGUCACACCUCCAGCCAACUCACUGCGCCACCACCGUUUCACCAAAAGAGGACAGCACUACAACACAUUUGUACCCAGCCUGACAGACACAGGUCAAAAAGUCCAAAACUUGGAUUUUAUAGCAAAAUGUGGAAUUUAAGUGCUAUAUAUAUAUAUAUAUAUAUAUAUAUAUAUAUAUAUAUAUAUAUAUAUAUAUAUAUAUAUACAGUCGUGGUCAAAAGUUUUGAGAAUUACACAAAUAUAAAUUUUCAAAGUCUGCUGCCUCAGUUUUUAUGGUGGCAAUUUGUGUAUACUCCAGAAUGUUAUGAAGAGUGAUCAGAUGAAUUGCAAUUAAUUGCAAAGUCCCUCUUUGCCAUGAAAAUGAACUUAAUCCCUACAAAAACUUUUCCUCUGCAUUUCAGCCCUGCCACAAAAGGACCAGCUGACAUCAUGUCAGUGAUUCUCUCGUUAACACGUGAGUGAGAGUGUUGACGAGGCUGGAGAUCACUCUGUCAUGCUGAUUGAGUUAGAAUAACAGACUGGAAGCUUUAAAAGGAGGGUGGUGCUUGAAAUCAUUGUUCUUCCUCUGUUAACCAUUGUUACCUGCAAGGAAACACAUGCCGUCAUCAUUGCUUUGCACAAAAAGGGCUUCACAGGCAAGGAUAUUGCUGCUAGUAAGAUAGCACCUAAAUCAACCAUUUAUCGGAUCAUCAAGAACUUCAAGGAGAGAGGUUCAAUUGUUGUGAAGAAGGCUCCCAAGAAAGUCCAGCAAGCGCCAGGACCGUCUCCUAAAGUUGAUUCAGCUGCGGGAUCGGGGCACCACCAGUGCAGAGCUUGCUCAGGAAUGGCAGCAGGCAGUUUUGAGUGCAUCUGCACGCACAGUGAGGCGAAUACUUUUGGAGGAUGGCCUGGUGUCAAGAAGGGCGGCGAGGAAGCCACUUCUCUCCAGGAAAAACAUCAGGGACAGACUGAUAUUCUGCAAAAGGUACAGGGAUUGGACUGCUGAGGACUGGGGUAAAGUCAUUUUCUCUGAUGAAUCCCCUUUCCGAUUGUUUGGGGCAUCCGUAAAAAAGCUUGUCCGGAGAAGACAAGGUGAGCGCUACCAUCAGUCCUGUGUCAUGCCAACAGUAAAGCAUCCUGAGACCAUUCAUGUGUGGGGUUGCUUCUCAGCCAAGGGAGUGGGCUCACUCACAAUUUUGCCUAAGAACACAGCCAUGAAUAAAGAAUGGCACCAACACAUCCUCCGAGAGCAACUUCUCCCAACCAUCCAAGAACAGUUUGGUGACAAACAAUGCCUUUUUCCAGCAUGAUGGAGCACCUUGCCAUAAGGCAAAAGUAAUAACUAAGUGGCUCGGGGAACAAAACAUCGACAUUUUGGGUCCAUGGCCAGGAAACUCCCCAGACCUUAAUCCCAUUGAGAACUUGUGGUCGAUCCUCAAGAGGUGGGUGGACAAACAAAAACCCACAAAUUCUGACAAACUCCAAGCAUUGAUUAUGCAAGAAUGGGCUGCCAUCAGUCAGGAUGUGGCCCAGAAGUUAAUUGACAGCAUGCCAAGGCAGAUUGCAGAGGUCUUGAAAAAGAAGGGUCAACACUGCAAAUAUUGACUCUUUGCGUAAACUUAAUGUAAUUGUCAAUAAAAGCCUUUGACACUUAUGGAAUGCUUGUAAUUAUACUUCAGUAUACCAUAGUAACAUCUGACAAAAAUAUCUAAAACAGUGAAGCAGCAAACUUUGUGAAGACAAAUACAGUGAGAUGAGAGAGGCCUGUAACUUUCAUCAUAGGUACACGUCAACUAUGACAGACAAAUUGAGGAAAAAAAAUCCAGAAAAUCACAUUGUAGGAUGUUUAAUGAAUUUAUUUGCAAAUUAUGGUGGAAAAUAAGUAUUUGGUCACCUACAAACAAGCAAGAUUUCUGGCUCUCACAGACCUGUAACUUCUUCUUUUAGAGGCUCCUCUGUCCUCCACUCGUUACCU